CAAACCCUCCAGUACCACCGCAGCCCAGCGAGACAGGACACACACACACACACACAAACAGAGAGAGAGGCUGGAGCAAAGAGCAAGGAAACAGCUCGACAGGAAAGGAAGAGCGAGAGAUCAGGCCGAGAUAGGAAGGAAGGAGGGAAGAGGAAGGGUAACGUUGGUUCUGAGCUGGGCUGUUUCCCCUUCACAGCAGAGAGUCAGGGGGGCUGGCAGCAGCUGUGUUCUCCCAGGUCCUGGUCGAUACGUGGGUCUCUGUCUGCUCGAGCCACCGGUACGACGUCAGGAAACGGCGCUUCUGCUGCAUCAGCGUCGGGAUCUGGACCUCCAGCCUUCAUGUUCGUCCUCUGACCCUUACUCUGGAGAGUCACACUAAGCUUAGUCACAACCAGAAAAAGCCUAAGAGGUUUUCUGGUCCACACAUACACAAACUCCUAGCUGUUGGGGCGUGGAGACUAUACUUUCUCUUCUCACAGGACGGGGAUCUCAACACAAGGACCUCGCAGAACCCCCGGGAGAGAGAAUGAGCCUCCUGCGGAACGGCACCCUGGAGAAGAGCGUCACCCAGCAGCCUCACGCCGACCCUGGGGAUGCCGACGCCUCGCUGACCCCCCACCUCCAGAACAGCAGCUCCCUCAGCUCAGUGAUCCCUGGGUCCCCUGGAGGGGGCACAGGGGGAGUCGCGCCUCCCCCCUACCUGCUGGGGGGCAGCCUGGCAGGGGGGGGCAUCCCGGCGGGGGGAGGCGAUGCGCCCCUGGAGCUCCGAGCCUCCCUGGACUGCUGGGCCUGUUCGGUGCUGGUGACGGCACAGAACCUGGUCGUGGCCGUGAUCAACGCUGGAUUGGCCGGCGUUGUGUUCGGCGCCAUCCUUACUCCGGCGCUCGUCAUGAUCGUGUUUGGCUUCCUGUGUCACUCCACGGUGCGCCCCCACGGUACCUCUCUGUACUGCUCUGACCUCCUGGAGGACGGGGGCUGUGUGGCCCUGCUGGUGGUAGGCUUCCUCCUCCUCACCCCCCUGCUGGUCCUGGCCCUGGCCGCCUACUGCCGCCUGGCCCGCCACCUCCAGCUGGGCCUCUGCUUCAUCCCCUACAGCCGUGCCGUCUACAAGAACCUGCCCGCCUCGCACCACCGAGGCCUGGGCGCAGGGAGCUGCUGUGGCCAGCAGGGGGCGACGGAGGUGGAGGGAAAAGGCAGCGUUUGGGUGUGAGAUUAUGAGGGAGGAAUGGGGUGUUUGGAAUGUUUUUGGUUGGUUGGUUGGUUGGUUGGUUGAAAAGUUAAAGGGUGGUUAAAAGUGACAGGUAACUGAGGAUGUGCCUAGAAAGAAAAUGUCUAUGGUUGCUGUCAUUACAAAUCCUCUGCUACAUGACUAAACAUCUCUGUAACAUACACUGUAAGUCUUUUUUAGUAUGUUUUUUUUAAUCAUUCUCUUUUGUACUAUAUGAUUAAAUGUUCAAUAAAUUGCUAUCUUUGAACUGCUAAAA